GGAAUGGGAGGGGUUUCAGGCUGAAGUUUUUUGGACAUCGGAAGCGAGUUUUGCUGGGUUGCUGAUGCCGAGAAAUGAACGUUAAAGCUCGUUAACAGAUAACAGUGGAAUUUUUAUCUAAUCGAUCCGAUACGCUCGUGAUUUGGUGGAGCGUGAUGGGAUGCGCGUGCCCGUAACCGUUUCCUUCCCCGUUUUUUGAGCGGCUGCUGGCAGCUUGCAUGUGUUUUUCGUGGCGCCGGCGAGGCGUAUGUCUGGCUGUAGCUUAAAAAAAACUACUAAUAUCCGCAGAGAGAAAAAGCGGCCGCCGCGUUUGAUGAGCGGCCGUGGGGCAGCGUGCUGGAUACAGCGACCACCGCCGCCCAAGCGUCCAGGCGUGUCUAUCACCUGCCCCCUCGCCCUGGCGGUGCAGGAGCCACCCAAUGGGCAGGAGCGGAUCCCCGGCGAUGCGGUGGUCGCCGUGGCGCCUGGUUCCACCUCCAGCCCCCAGAGCGAAGCAGUGGCCGAUGAACUGCAGGAGCUUUCACUGCAGCCCAACGCAGCUCUGCUGCUCCCCCUGCAGGAGAGGAAGAAUGUGCUCCAGCUCAAACUCCAGCAGAGACGAACCCGGGAGGAGCUGGUCAACCAGGGAAUCAUGCCACCUCUGAAGAGCCCGGCCGCCUUCCACGAGCAGCGGAAGAGUCUGGAACGAGCGCGGACUGAAGACUACCUGAAGCGGAAGAUCCGCAGCCGCCCCGAGAGGUCUGAGUUGGUCCGCAUGCACAUCCUGGAGGAGACGUCGGCGGAGCCUUCCCUGCAGGCCAAGCAGUUGCGUCUGAAGAGGGCCCGUCUGGCCGACGACCUCAACGACAAGAUCUCCCACCGGCCAGGUCCCAUGGAGCUCAUCCACAAGAACAUCCUGCCGGUGUACUCCACUCUCCGGAGCACCCUCUUAGUCGAGACGGACUGCCUGAAGGGGGCGACAGAGAGCUCUUCACUGGAUGAGGAUAGCAGCGACGCCCUAUCCCCGGAUCACCCUGCCAGUCAGGACUCUCCCCCAGACACGAGCAGGCCCAGCCGCAGUGGCUCCUCCCCCACGCAGGUGCGGGCCCCGUCCGUGGCCCCGCGCCUCACUCCUCUCCCCGCCUCUGAGCCAAUCCACGCGCAGAGGCUGACCAAUGGCGUGGCGCCAAUGUCCUCCCGCUCUGCCUCUGGGCUGAUUAAGUCCCAGUCCAAGUCCAGCUCGGACCGGCCCUCGCAGCGCUCCAAGAAGCCCAAGGAGAGCAAGCCCAAGGUGAAGAAACUCAAGUACCACCAGUACAUCCCCCCCGACCAGAAGGCGGAGCGCGAACCGCCGCCCCAGUUGGACGACUCCUACGCCAAGCUGCUGCAGCAACAGCAGCUCUUCCUGCAGCUGCAGAUCCUCAACCAACAGCAGCAGCAUCACUAUAACUACCACACCAUCCUGCCCGCUCCGCCCAAACCAUCAGGCGAUCAGCUGUCCGCUUCCUCCAGCGCGCAGUCCCAGCCUCGUCCCAUGCCUGGCUCCACUUCUCCGUCCUCCAGUCAGAAUGGGCCGAGUCGUCAUAACCAGCCUCCCGUUGGGGGUGCCAAACCCGGGGCUCUGCCUCCUAACCUGGAUGAUUUGAAGGUCGCAGAGCUGAAGCACGAGCUCAAGCUGCGGAGUCUGCCAGUGUCGGGAACCAAGAGCGACCUCAUCGACAGGCUGAGGAACCACCACGAGCUCAGCCAAUGGGGAGCUGGAGGGGGCGGGGCUACAAAAACCAGCUUGCCCACUGGCUCUUGCCCUGGCUUAGGUAUCCACCAAUCAGGAGAAGCGGGCACAGGGACCUUACCAUUGGCAGCCAGUAGGAGCAGCCUGCCUCCCACGAUACUGUUUGGCAGCACGAGCUCGUCCCCGCCCAUGUCACCCGCCACCUCCGAGCGCUCCAUGGCUGGCAUGAGCCCCGAUGAGGCCAGCUGCAGCGGUGACGUGUUCGGGGAAUCGGUGAGCGCCCCCCUGACGCAGCUCAGCCUGCACGCCUCCCCCCAGCACCCCGCCUCCGUCAAAGAGGAGCACUCCCGGGCGGGGGCCUGCCGCUUCUCCCGGCUACCCGGCUCGGCCCCCCCGCGGGAGUCUCUGGACAAGGACCAGAUGCUGCAGGAGAAGGACAAGCGGAUCGAGGAGCUGACGCGUAUGCUGCAGCAGAAGCAGCAGCUGGUGGAGUCGCUGCGCUCACAGCUGGAGCAGGGCAAGAGGGGAGGGAAGGCACCAGGAGACGUCAAGGAGGAGCCCUCUGAGGAGGCCAGGGAGAAGGAGGACGAGGAGGGCGCGGAGACCAAGCUACCUAAGGGCUCCUCCUCGCAGCUGGACCGGGGCCUGCAUGAACCACAGCAAGCAGCUGAGGAGCAGCAGCUGUCAAAGGCUGCAUUGCAGCAGGUAUUCGUAAGUCAACAAGCUACCAGUUCAGCCCUCACCUCCUCUUUCCCAUUGGAUCUCCUUAAGUUGCACCCGCCCCCAACCCUGCUGACGGACGGCAACGGCAACCACUACCUGAUUGCGGUGACCAGUCGCAGCGCCCCACAUGGCAAAGGGGCGGGGCGAAUCACGCUGCAGCGGGUACAGUCCACGCCCUGCAAAACUUCUAGCCAAUCAGCACCUCAUAUGGACACCAACAACCAAUCUGAAGAGACAGUGAAACCUAACCCCGUUGACCACCCAAUCACAAAGGGAGGGAAGGUGGGGCUCCACAUUCAGGCCAACAGCUCACGGGGGCCCCUGGUGUCUCUCUCAGCUCCACCGAAACUACAGCCUUUCUUCCACAGUAACAGCACGCCCCCCUCCAAACAUGCAGAACCCUCCUCCCCCGCCCACAAGGGGGCUGUGAGUUCAAACCGGGACCAAAACACCCUGUUCAGCUCUCCCUCCCCAGCCAGCAAGCAGAGCCCCCCCACAACGCCACACGCUAAGGAGAACGGCUCCUGCAGUCAGCAGAUGGACGACCUGCUGGAAAUCCUCAUCCGGAGCGGAGAAAUCCCUGUGGGCUUUAAAUCUGACUUUGGCCCCUCCAACUCCCGCCCCCAAGCCAGCCCCCCUCCUCCGUCUCCUCCCAGCUCCCCUCCGCACCUCUCGCACGAUCCCGUGGCGGUCUCGCCACCGCCAUCGGCCCCCAGAGUGGGGGACGGGCCGUGCGUGGAGAGCGGCCGUCUGGAGGACUUCCUGGAGAGCACCACAGGAAAGCCUCUGUUGGGGGCGGAGCCUGGCGGACCUCCCACCCUCAUCGACGACCUCCACAGCCAAAUGCUGAGCACCUCCAGCAUUCUGGACCACCCCCAUUCGCCAAUGGACACCUGCGAGCUGAAUUUCAGCUCCAACGUGCCCGGGCUGGAAUUCGGAGACCCCGCCAUGGACAACAUGGACUGGCUGGACAUUACCAUGGGCGGGGGGCCCAGCGGGAGCAGCAGCGUCCAUGCGCUCACCCCCCUCAACUCCCACACGCCCUCCAACAUCUUUUCGGCAGACUUUCUGGACAGUGCAGACCUGCAUCUGUACUGGGACUCCGGCUUGUAGCCUCUGUGGCUUCCAACCCCCACAAACCCUGUCCAUUCAUAGGAGACCAGCCCAUGGUCACCAUGCCCACGUGCAGGAGGCCACACCCACUCCAGUGUAUCCAUGCCAACGGUUUCCUUGGACACACAUUUGGCACAUAUCUUGCCAUUACCCGAACUGUCUCCCUAUAGCAUUGAGACAGGAUUGCAGUCCUGCUCCCGCCCUGUACUGUAUCAGUACCCUGCUAGCAGCGGCCUGGCCGUCUGCAGGUGCCCUGCUUCCAAAGGUGUUCCUCUUCGGGUUGUCAUGGGAACCCUGGGGCGGGGUGGAGGGCAUGGUGGACCUGGCCCAGUCCAAUGCAGUGCCGAUGUGCCCCGGUCCUGUUCAGUUCCAUUGCUGAAUGCCGUUUGUGGGCCUGAUCGGGUUUGGUUUAAACACGCCUAGAUGUUCACUCAUUUUUUUCACCUUUUUACCGCUGAGGCAAAGUGCAUUCUUGAACGUUUCACACAGUCGGCCUUAUUUCCUCUGCUGAGGAAAUUCCGCCCAGCCAUUGUCUUCACUGGUCCGUUUCCCCUGCUGUCCCACCCUGACAGGCGAAUGAAGACUUUUUCAGCUUAAUGCUGCCCCCUCGUGGCUGAGGGUGUAACUGUAGCAUAUCUGUGCAACAGACCCAUCCCAUAUAGCACUUAUGCUUUUUGACCUUUUCGGUGGUCUGGUGGACUUCCUGCUUUAACGAGCUUUAACCGGACUACAGGGUGAUGCUGUAUAAACUGUUUUUUCCUGAAUGUAAAAUUGAUGGAAGAUGGCAAUUACUGGCUGGUGAUGCAGGUUUGAAAACUUGAAUAUGGCUAUGUUUUGUUUUUUUAUAUAUGUGUAUAUAUAUAUAAAUCAAAGAUGAGAAAAAUACACUUUGGAAAAAAA